AUGAAAACAACGAAAAAGCGUGUAAUUGCUUGGCAUCUAUGUCUCAAUGAAGCAAGGCAGCUAAGGCGACAAAUCAAAAGUCCACAGAAGAAAACUGCAAAAAUUAUGCAAGACAGAGAACCUAAAGAUCAAGUGAAGGUUGGAAUACUUGGCUGUGGUCGACUAGGAAGUCAGUUAGCACAUUGCUUGUUAACUUAUGGUGGUGUCAGACCAAAGGACCUUAAAGUUUCUACAAGACGACCAGAAACAUUAGAAUACCUGCAGAGUAAAGGUGUCGACUGUUUCUAUGACAACAUCAAGUUAAUUUCCACCUCACACAUAGUAUAUUUAUGUGUACUACCAUCUCAGAUUCCAUCAAUCGCUGAGGAACUUAAAAAUAACAUACCACCAACAGUUAUAUUUUAUUCUCUGGUCAGUACUUACACAACUAAAAAGUUAAAACAGCUAUUACUGACAUCAAACAUCAUACAUCCUGAGUUUACAUGGAGAGAUGAUAGUCAUACAAACACAUGGGACUGUACACUUAAUGUUAAUGCAGCCUUAGAGAACCCAGACACUGUUGAGAUGACAUGUCCAAUAGGAUUCAAAAAGUCAGAAAGCAUAAUUUGUACAAAUGAAAAGUUUGCAGAGCAAAUGCUAUUUGCUUUUAUGAACUGGUGUACUCAGUUACAACUGACAAAAGUAGAAACUCUAGACGUCAUUCAUUCUGUAUUGUUUCAAGAUUUAAUGGAAGAUAAAUUCAGGGAAGAAGAUUUCAUCAAGAGGAGAGAUAAUCUGGCUGGAAUGUUCCCAAGAUUUGACUUGGUAAAAGUUUUCCAGGUGAAGACACCUGUCCAAAGAAAGCUAGUAGAAGAUGAACACUUAAGGAAAACAUUUGUACAGAAAUAUUUAUCUGUAUUUGAUACAUAUAUCAAACAAAGAGCUCAGGCAUUGUUAUCAGGGAUUGCAGAUAACUGAGAAAUGCUUAGCUGAAAAUCAUUUUUAUGGAAUAACUGUGAUAUGAUAUUUAUUAUUUGUUGUUUUAAAUAAAAUAUUUAAUAACUUGUAA